AUGGCGGUCUUGAGUGGAGUUAUCGCUUUGAGCGUUGUUGCACUGAGCUGUGCAGUUUCAACAGCCAGCGCGGCGGCAAUAGCAAACUCGUGCGCUACCGCGCAAUCUGGAUUGAAGUUUGUCAUUCAAAAAAGUGGCACUUCUGCAACGUUCAACUGCCCUACCACGUUCGCAAAUCUCAAUCCGCAAUACACGCCGGGCUCUCAGCAAGUAUGCACAGGAAUCGACUGUGCACAGAAAGUUGAUCUGAGCACACUGCUAUCGGACGCGGCGUUGAAUGAAGUGGAUAAGGGUGGCCAAGGCAAAGACUACACGCUAACGGUCAACACGCUGCCCUCUACGGAUCAAACGCUCUAUUUCCUGUGCCAGAAUAGUCCCGUGGUCAGGGGAGUACGCCGGCUUGCAGAGGUGCCAGCCGGUGCUUGCGGCAUUCAAAUCAUCGUCAAGGCUCUGCCAGACGUUCCGGUUUGCUCGAAGAAAGAUCAGACCCUCGAACUGCAGGUGGGCGAGGCAAAUUCUACUGCGUCCUUCAUCUGCGGAGGCGACUUCAGUGUCAAGCCGGAUGACGUAACUAAGGUACUACAAGGAGACAACUGCGACACAGAAGCAGAAUUGGCGGCACUGGUCCCCGGGGCGAGUCGCGCAGUCACCGAGGAGAACGGAGUGAACAAGCUGUCUGUGACUAGCCUUCCAAGUCAGCAACAAAAGUUGUGCUACAAGUGCGAAGCCUAUAACAACGAUGUUUGCAAAGUUGUUGUAACAGUUGCGCAGACUGUAACUUCAACUUCAACUAAGUCGGACGCAGCAUCUGUUGCUGCUCAAGCAGCUCUUGGAGUUCUUCUGGCUUUUGCUGGAUUGGCGCGUACCGCCUAG